AUGGCGGCUGCAGAGUAUUACUCGGGCGCGUGCAUGGAGUUUGUGCCAAAGCAUUUACUUUCGCCAACUGUGUUGCAGAGAGCGCAGACGGAGCUGCUUGGGAAGAGAACAGACAAUGUCGAGGUCGCGCAGGGCCGGAUCAUGUGGCUACCUUCGGUAGAGGGUUUGCCUGAGCGCGCAGUGAGGAGGGCGCAUGGAAAAGGUGUUGUCGAAGACGGUAUCUACAACCAUCCAGUGGUUGUCGUAUCAAGGCCACUAGACGAUGAGCGAGUUGUACAUUUCCACCUUAUUACGUCUCUGCAUGGUAAGAAACUCGACCAACUCUACCCCAAGUCGAAUGAAUUUCACACUAGUCGACGCUCCUGGUAUCUGCCAAUCUCACCCAGUCCGGAUCACCCUGACGCACAUUCGAAGAAGGCAAAGAAACGCUUCCCAACGCUCGCGCUGGCUGACGGCGCCACUCUGCGAUGGGACUCGUAUGUCAACAUCCGACAUGUUUACAAGAUCGACUGGACCCUGUUGAAACCAUACGUAAACCUCAACACUCCAGGAACAUCAUACUUUCGACUUGACUGGGAGUCUACAGUCCGCAUGAUCGCCAAGGGGAAGAUCCUCACACUAUACGAGCCUAGUGCGCAGGUUCUAGUUCCGGAAAUACAAAAAGCACGCACGGCACCGACAACACGUACAUCGAAUGACUCGGCUUCGUAUAUGGUGCGCGACAUGCGCAGGCUGAGCCCUUCGGAAUCUGAAGACGAGAGUACUGCUCUACCGGCAGCUUCUCGAACCUCUCGUACUCAUGGGUUGACUUUUUGGACGUCAAACGACCGGCGUACAGAUCCGCUGCCGGAAGAGCUUCCAAAUAUCAGGAAAAAGCCAUCAUUUCUAGACCAUCUUCGCAAGAAGCUGUUCAGACGCGGCAGAAAGCUUCGAUGA